AUGGCUCCUACCGUCGCUUUCAUCACCGGUGCUAACCGUGGGCUGGGUUUUGCAAUUGCACAGAAAUUCGCUGCCAAACCAAACUAUGUUGUUGUUGCUGCAGUGCGGGACCCCGCACACGACUCUGCGCAGAAGUUACCCCAGCUGCCAACUGGCGAGGGCAGUCGCAUUAUCGUGGUGAAGUAUGACGCGAGUGUUGAGCAAUCGGCCUUCGAUGCUGUCCAGCAGGCCACUGAACAAGGCGUUGAUCAUUUCGACUAUGUCUUGGCCAAUGCCGGUAUCGCCAAAGUGUACCCUCUCGCCAAGGAUGCGAAGAGAGCCGAUAUCCUUGAGCAUUUCCAAGUGAACGUUCUUAGCGUGCUGUCUCUUUACCAAGCUACCCGGGAUCUCCUGCAAAAGUCCAUUCUGAGCCCUCCCGCCUUUAGCAUUAUGGGUUCUGGAACUGGAUCCCUAGGAAACCAGCCCGAUAUUCCUAAUGCAGUGUACGGUGCUUCCAAAUCCAGUCUUCUCUGGUACGGUGUUCGCAUCAACAAGGAAGAUGAGUGGCUCAACACCUUCAUUAUUGACCCGGGCUGGGUUCAAACCGACAUGGGCAACGCCACAGCAGCAGCCUGGGGAUAUGGCACCGCACCCACCACCGUGGAGGAAUCUACCAGUGGUAUUGUGGAUGUGAUUACCAAGGCGACCAAGGAGCAACAUGGUGGAAGGGUUGUGCUCUACAAUGGUGAGGUUCAGGGUUGGUAG